UCUGUGAAGAUCUAGGUAUGUGUAAGACAUUGUAAGUGACCGUUCUGUGGAAAUGAACUUAACUUUCAUUCAUAUAAAUUAUGGUUUUUUACCGACAACAAUAAUACAACUUGAAAAACAAAAACUCCCGUUACAUGAGUCAAUAGUGACAGUGAAAUCCGUCGAAAAUAAGUUAGAGCACAUUAUUGACGAGGCAGGCACUGCAAUCAAAGAAAAAUUAAAAAAUGUUUUGAAAAAAAACUGUGGUUUUAAUGAUUUAAAAAAAAUAUCAAGCAUUUUAACUGGUGAAUCAACGUCAAUAGAAGGACUACCAGAAGACUUAAAUGGGAAUGACUUGGCUCACUUUAAAUACGCAACUUCAUCGGAUGUUGAAAGAAGUUUUUCGCGCUACAAAAAUGUACUUACAGACAACCGUCGUUUGAUUAAGAUAGAAAAUAUCAAAAAAGUUCUGGUUAUUCAAUGCAAUACAUUUACAGAUUGAAAAAAUUACAAUCCAUCAAACACAGAAUACAAGCCAAAACAUU